AUGGCAAACGCCAUUGUCGAAGAGCCACAAGCUGGCUCCAAGGCGGAUAUCACGAAUCAACCCACCGUUGUGCACGCUGAGGCGGGCGAGGCCCCGCUCAAGUGGAAGGCACUCGACUCCAAAGAUCGCGAUGUUGCUAUGACACUAUUCGAUGACCCGGAAGAGCUGCACGAAGAGAUCGAUCCCGCCGAGGCUCGACGGAUUCUAUGGAAGAUCGAUUUUAUGAUCCUACCGUACCUAGCCGUUUGCUAUGCUUUCUUUUACAUUGACAAGACGACACUUAGCUAUGCGGCUAUCUUUGGUAUCAAGGAAGAUCUGAACCUUCAUGGGACCCAGUACAGUUGGCUGAGCAGCAUCUUCUAUUUUGGCUUCUUAGUUUGGGCAUUCCCAACGAACUUUCUCAUGCAACGGCUCCCCAUUGGAAAAUACCUGGGUGCCAAUAUCUUCAUGUGGGGCGUCUUCCUUAUGAUCCAAGCUGCAUGCAAUAGCUUCGAGACAUUGGCCGUUCUGCGAGCCCUUGGCGGCGCCGCUGAAGCCUGCUCCGACCCUUCCUUCAUGCUUAUUACCAGCAUGUGGGAUACUCGACGAGAGCAGCCCGUGCGAAUCGGAAUUUGGUACACGGCCAAUGGAUUUGGAAUUGCCCUUGGAGGCUUGCUCGGCUACGGAAUUGGCCAAAUUCGAGGAGCGCUUCCCUCAGGUGCCCUAUGCGCGAGUUGGGGUAUCAUUAUGUUCAUCUUCCUACCUGACUCCCCUGUCACAGCCAAAGGCCUCACGAAGCGAGAAAAGCGCAUCGCCGUGGAUCGUAUUCGAGAGAAUCAAACUGGAAUCGAGAACAAACACCUGAAGCCUUACCAGAUUCUGGAGGCGUUUAUGGACUACAAGCUCUACCUGUUUUUCCUUCUUGGUGUUGUCUGCAAUGUCCCCAAUGGCGGGAUAUCGAACUUUGGAACUCUGAUCAUAAAGGGCUUCGGGUUCUCCACCUUGGUCACAACGCUGAUGCAGAUCCCCUAUGGUGUCAUCAUUGCCUUAUCGAUCAUGUUAAGCAUCUAUCUGAAUGACAAGUUUGAGAACCGGCGCUGCGUUUUCAUUCUUCUCUUCUUGAUGCCGAACAUCGCGGGUGCUUUUGGGCUGAGAUUUGUGGCGCAAGAGCACCGUGUAGGCCGGCUCAUCUGCUACUACCUAACGGGCCCCUACAAUGCAGCUUUUGCACUCGUGCUGAGUAUGCAAAUUGCGAACACGGCCGGACAUACCAAGAAGGUGGUCACGAAUGCGGUGCUUUUCCUCGGAUACUGCACCGGCAACAUUGCAGGUCCUUUUUUCUAUAAGACCGAGCAAGCGCCCACCUACGCUCUUGGAAUCUGGUCUAUGAUUGUCUCGCACUUGAUCGAAGUGUGUCUGAUCAGUAUCCUUGGUCUUCUUCUGCGGUGGGAAAACCAGAAACGUGAUCGGAUCCAGUCCCAGAUGGAGGGUGGUCUGGAGGGUAGAGAUCUAGACUCGACUGCAUUCCUGGAUUUGACCGAUCGGGAGAACCUCAAGUAA